CCUUCUGGUGGACGCGUAGAGUAGAAGUAUCAUCAUCAGUCAGCCCUUUCUCUUUUUCUCUAACGCGGCUUCUCAACACGAUUUCUUCUUCCCCAAUUCACACCCUAACCCCAAUUCCUUUUCCCCUCUUUUUUCUAUUUCAUCCUUCAAUAUCAACCAAAUCCCACUCACCUAUAUUCCUAAAUCACUCUCACAAUCAAUUCUUCAGUUAAAAAAACCCAUCAAUUUUGUAAUAUAUUUUCCGGGUUUUAAAUUUUAACCAAACCCCAUCAAAAUUUCAAUUGUAAAAUUUUCUGGAUUUUAAUCAAAUUCGGAGUUACCCAGAAUGUUAAGAAUUUGUAUGAAGCCAUUGGAGAGGUGUCUAGGGAGGAGAAGCGAUGGAUUGAUGUGGAAUAUGGAUUUGAAGCCUCAUGCUUCUGGGGAUUAUUCAAUAGCUGUAGUUCAGGCUAAUUCUUCUCUUGAAGAUCAAAGUCAGGUUUACAGUUCUCCUUCUGCUACUUAUGUGGGUGUUUAUGAUGGCCAUGGUGGUCCUGAAGCAUCUCGUUUUGUCAAUUCCCAUCUUUUCUCUUUCCUUCAUAAAUUUUCAUCCGAGCAUGGGGGAUUAUCGGUUGAUGUGAUUAAGAAGGCAUUCAGUGCAACAGAAGAUGAAUUCUUGCGUUUAGUAAAAAGCAAUUUAUCAGUGCAGCCACGAAUUGCUUCCGUCGGAUCAUGUUGCCUUAUGGGUGCAAUCGCGAAUAAUGAGCUGUUUGUUGCUAAUCUUGGUGACUCGAGAGCAGUAUUGGGGCGAAGAGUUUCUGUUAGGAAAAAGGAAGAGGUUGUGGCUGAGAGGUUAUCGACUGAUCAUAAUGUGUCAGAAGUUGAGGUUAGAAGGGAGGUUGAAGCACUUCAUCCUGAUGAUUCUCAUAUCGUUGUAUACACUCGUGGAGUUUGGAGGAUUAAGGGGAUUAUACAGGUAUCGCGAUCUAUUGGAGAUGUCUAUUUGAAAAAACCAGAAUUCAGUAGAGAUCCUGUAUAUCAGCAAUUUGUCAAUGCCAUUUCCUUAAAACGUCCAGCAAUGACAGCUGAACCAUCAAUACUUCGAAGAAAAAUUCAGCCAGAAGACAAGUUUCUAAUCUUUGCAUCAGAUGGCCUAUGGGAACAAUUGUCUGAUCAAGCUGUGGUGGAGAUAGUUUCCAAUAAUUCCAGAUCAGGAAUUGCCAAGAGACUUGUAAGAGCUGCUUUACAUGAAGCUGCAAAGAAGAGAGAGCUUAGAUAUAGUGAUAUAAAAAAUAUCCAAAAAGGCAUAAGGCGUCAUUUCCAUGAUGAUAUCUCGGUAGUGGUACUGUAUCUUGAUCAUAACAAGAGCAACGCCGGAAUUGCUAGAUUCAAGCCGUCAGCCGUUAGCUGCACAAAUGCUCCUGCAGACAUAUUUUCCUUCAAUGCAGAUUCAGCAUAAAUGGUGAGAGGGCUGCGUAUGACAUUUUGAGAGAGAGAGUCAUGAAUGCAGAUUUUUUACUGAAGACUGGCUAGUACCGUUAGGUAUGCGUUUAGAAAUUGACAUGCUCAGAUGCAUAGCAAAGAUAUUUUGAACAGUGGGAAGAAAAAAUAUCAAACAAAUAAAAUAGUGUUGUGGAUAUUUAGGUUAUAGAAAAUCCUCAUCAGUGAAUAUUGGUUUGUUUUUUUUUUCAAAACUUUGUUUUGAUAUUAAAUUCCUUUUCAAUGAAAGUAUAAAUUAACUUCUGAUCGUUACACUGACA